AGAAACUGACAUCGAGGUACAUAACAAAUGUAGCAAAUGCAUUAUAUAUAAUCUGUCUCACAUUCGCCAUAACCUCGUGCUCUGAAUUUUGUUUAACUUGAGCUUCUCAAUUCUCAAGUUAACUAUUUAUAACUGCAGAUCCAAGACCCCUUUUUCAAAUUCGAGCAACCCAUCAAAUUCAUCUAUCCAAUGUCUAAGCCAAGGUUGGAGGGCAAGGUAGCACUUGUUACUGGCGCAGCCAGUGGAAUCGGUGAGCAGACGGUUCGAUUAUUCGCGGAAAAUGGAGCAUUUGUAGUUGUUGCAGAUGUUCAGGAUGAUCUAGGCCAUCAGGUUGUGGCAUCAAUAGGUUCCGAAAAGGUGAGUUAUCAGCAUUGUGAUGUUAGAAAUGAACAAGAAGUUGUGCAAACGAUAAAUUUUGCUAUAGAAAAAUACGGAAAAUUGGACGUUUUAUUCAGCAAUGCUGCGAUCAUGGGGCCUAUGACAAGCAUUCUAGACCUCGACAUGGAGGAAUUCGACAACACUAUGGCUACAAAUGUCCGCGGUGUCGCGAUAACAAUCAAGCAUGCUGCACGAAUGAUGGUCGCCAAGAAAACCCGCGGAUCGAUCAUUUGCACAACUAGUGUUGCAGCAAAUCUUGGAGGGGCUGGACCGCAUGCCUACACAACGUCGAAGCAUGCGUUGGUAGGCCUUGUGAGGGCCGCGUGCAGCGAGCUGGGAGCUCACGGGAUCAGGGUGAAUUCGAUUUCACCAUUCGGGGUAGCGACUCCUCUCUCGUGCAAUGCUUAUAAUGUGGAGCCGAGUGAAGUUGAGGCCAAUGGUUGUGCAUUGGCUAAUUUGAAAGGCAUUGUGUUGAAAGCCAGACAUAUUGCAGAUGCAGCUCUGUUUCUUGCAUCUGAUGAGUCUGCUUAUAUUAGUGGACAUAAUCUGGUUGUUGAUGGGGGGUUCUCAGUGGUUAGUAAUUCUUUUUCUUCCUUCUGAUCAAAGUGUUUGAUGAAGAAUCGGGUCAGUUUUCGCGCAACUCGACUAAUUUGAAGAAUUAUUAGCACACUCGUACCAACCGAACAUGACAGCCCACUUGUUUCCGUGCCUCCAGUGAAAUUAAACAUGUGAUCUUGGAUGAUAAGUGCCUAAAGUCACGAUCUCUAUCAACUGGGACAUGGGUGGUGGGUUUGACGAAGAAUCUUUACAUGCAUUCACUUGGAAUUGUGACAGUGGUAUUAUAAUUUUUAUGAAUUUUAAUGUUUGUAAGUCAGAGUUUAAUUUUGGAUUUA